AAUGUGAUGAGCCAGAGGUGUGCUAGCCAGAGGAAGCUGAGAGGAGCCAGGCUUCAGGUCUUUAGUGGCCACGACUGCCCAGUGACCGGAGAGAAGACAGUAUUGCUUGGUCUGGAAUCAGGUUUCAGAUGAUCUGCCUUCUGCCUUGGACAGACCCUAAGCCGAGGAAGGGAGCGUAUCCGUCAAUGUUGAGGUCCUCUGCGUUUCCAGGUCUCUAGUCAGGAGGCGCCGGGGAUGGUGCGACGUCAUGGACUAACAUUAUCAUCAUUUACAAUAAGAAUCACGAUCUGUUUAUGGCAGAGUCCCGUUUAUCCAGAUUCCAAACAGCUGGAAAGGCCAAAUUACCAGAUGCUGUGUUUUUCUUUUUUUAUUAUUAAACACCCGACACUCUGCUUUUGGAGGUCCUGACAAGGAAAGAAGUGAACGGGAGCUACGGCCACUGCACCCCAGGCUCCGAGAAGAGCCUGCUGGACCUGGACCUUGCCGAGGGCCUGGGCCCCACCUGCCGUCAGGGCCUGUUUCUCUCGGCGGGAACCCCCCCAUCCAGGGGCCACCCCCCAGCCUGUGAGAGGCUGCUCCAUUUCCCCCACCCCAGCAGGUCACCCAGACCCCAGGCCACAUAUGUGAAUGGCAGCCUCCCGGCCACACAGCACAUCAAGCAGGAGUCCCUGCCCAUCUACCAGGCAAUGAUGGAAGCUCGGGUACCCCUGUCUGCCCACUGCCGGGCCCCACCAGCCUCUGGCCCGCACACGGACCUGGACCUCCCGGGCCGAGUGCUUGCCCACUCCGCACCUUCCUGCUACCUUCUAGGCAGCGAAUCCAGCUCCAGCCUGGGCCCCCCACCUGAGGCCCACCUCCCCGAGGGCGGCCUGAAGCGCUGCUGCCUCCUGGGCCUGCCCGUCACCUCCUCAGCCUCCUCCUCACCCUGUGCCUCUUCCGACAUCACCUCUAUCGUCCGCUCCUCCCAGACUGCUCUGGUCACCUGUGUGAAUGGACUCCGGAGCCCGCCUCUACCGGGAGACCUGGGGGGCCCUCCCAAGCGGGCCCAGCUGGGCCCUGCAACCACUGAGAGUCAUGAGGGCAGUUUACAGGUGGAAUCCUGCCGGAAGGCGGGCUUCCUGAAGCAGGAGCCAGCGGACGAGUUCUCAGAGCUCUUCGGACCUCACCAGCCUGGCCUGCCACCCCCCUACCCCUUGCCUCAGGUGCCAUCAGGCCCGGGCCUUGGAGGCCUGGGGCUGGGCCUGGCGGGGAGGGUGGCUGGGCGGCAGGCGUGCCGGUGGGUGGACUGCUGUGCAGCCUACGAGCAGCAGGAGGAGCUGGUGCGGCACAUCGAGAAGAGCCACAUCGACCAGCGCAAGGGCGAGGACUUCACCUGCUUCUGGGCCGGCUGCGUGCGCCGCUACAAGCCCUUCAACGCCCGCUACAAACUGCUCAUCCACAUGAGGGUGCACUCAGGCGAGAAGCCCAACAAGUGCAUGUUCGAAGGCUGCAGCAAGGCCUUCUCGCGGCUGGAGAACCUCAAGAUCCACCUGCGGAGCCACACGGGCGAGAAGCCGUACCUGUGCCAGCACCCGGGCUGCCAGAAGGCCUUCAGCAACUCCAGCGACCGCGCCAAGCACCAGCGCACCCACCUCGACACGAAGCCAUACGCCUGUCAGAUCCCUGGCUGCUCCAAGCGCUACACGGACCCCAGCUCCCUCCGCAAGCACGUGAAGGCCCAUUCGGCCAAAGAGCAGCAGGUGCGUAAGAAGCUGCACGGGGGCCCUGAUACUGAGGCCGACGUCCUGACCGAGUGUCUGGCCCUGCAGCAGCUCCACGCGUCCACACAGCUGGCUGCCAGCGAUGGGAAGGGUGGCCGAGCCUUGGGCCAGGAGCUGCUCCCAGGCGUGUAUCCUGGCUCCAUCACCCCCCAUGAUGGGCUCGCACCAGGCCUUCUGCCCCCCACGCACGAUGUCCCUUCCAGGCACCACCCACUGGAAGCCACCACCAGUUCCCACCUGUCCCCCCUGCCCACAGCUGAGAGCACCAGGGAUGGGUUGGGACCCGGCCUCCUCUCACCCAUGGUCAGCCCACUGAAGGGGCUUGGGCCACCGCCGCUGCCACCGUCCUCCCAGAGCCAUUCUCCGGGGGGCCAGCCCUUCCCCGCGCUCCCCAGCAAGCCACCCUACCCGCCCUUCCAGAGCCCUCCACCCCCGCCUCUGCCCAGCCCCCAAGGGUACCAGGGCAGCUUCCACUCCAUCCAGAGCUGCUUCCCCUAUGGCGACUGCUAUCGGGUAGCUGAGCCAGCAGCCGGUGGGGACGCCCUGGCUGGGGAGGCCUCUGGUUUCAACCCCCUGCGGCCCACCGGCUACCACGGCCUCAGUGCACCUUUACCUGCCACCGGCUACGAGGCUCUGGCCGAGGCCCCGUGCCCCACAGCGCUGCCGCCACAGCCACCUGAAGACGUCGUGUCCAGCGGCCCCGAGGACUGCAGCUUCUUCCCCAACGGGGCCUUUGACCACUGCCUUAGUCACAUCCCCUCCAUCUACACCGACACCUGAGGAAGGCCCUGCCUCCCCACCCCCCACCCCCCGGCCACCCUCCCGUCACCCUCCACCUCAGCUGCUGCCUUGCCCGCCGGUGUGCGUCCCCGCCCUCCGUGCACCAGCCUGCGCUGCCGGACCGAAGCUCUCUGCACACGGUCCACGGCGCCCAGCGCUCGCCGGUGCUCAGAGGUGCUGGCAGGGCCCGCGACCUGUGCUGGUCCCUGACUGUGCCUUCCUUUUCUCCCCGAUGUCUUUACAUCACAGACCUCGUGUGUAUAGAGUGUACAGGACUUGUUUUCCAUUCUCCUGCCAGUUUUCUAUUUUUGGUUUUACAAGAAAAACAUUAAAAACUGGAAAUGA